GAACCGUACCGCCCACAGUUAACCCAAACCUAUAAAUUUGGAAUCGAAAACUGUGGAGAAAGAAGAUGAUGAAGCAGUAAUCCUGGGUUUUUCUAUUCGAUUCUUUAACAACAAUUUUUUUUUAGCUUGAGGAAUCUCUCAAAUUGCCAAUCUUCUGAAUUCCUCACCAAAACGCCAUCAAUUUCUUCAUCUCCACCCUCUUCUCCCUUAUAAACCCUUGUCAAUCAAUUCACACAAAAUGCUGCAAUUUUCCCUUAUCCUCAUUUAUCAGAAUUCGCUUCUGUCUGAAUUGGUACAUAAUUUAAGUUCUGAAAUCAUUAUAUUUCUAGGAAAUAUGAAAUGGCUGUUCCUGAAGUAGACAAGAGAGUGCUUGAACAACUGGAAGAAAUGGGAUUUUCAGUAGCUUGUGGAAUUCGGGCGCUUCAUUAUUCUGGCAAUACUUCUCUGGAAGAUGCUAUAAAUUGGAUAGUUGAUCAUGAGAAUGACUCAGAUAUUGACCAGAUUCCUCUGGUACCAGUAGACAUUGAUUUGGAUGCUGCUAAACCAUUUGCUAUCACUGAAGAAGUGAAGAUCAAGGCCCAAAAACUGAGGAUCGGAGCCAACCAAUUGAGAAAAGACAAAGAGAAGGAACUGGAAAGAGAAAGGGAAAAGGAGAGGAUUCAAGAUGGGAAGAGAAUUUUAGAAGCAAAGAAAACUGUAGAAGAAAUUGCAAGAAAAAGAAUGAUAGCUUCACGUGAAGUAGAAAAGGAGGAGGAAAGAAAAGCAAGGGAGAGGAUACGUCAAAAGUUAGAAGCAGAUAAGGCGGAAAGAAGGUCAAGACUUGGAAUGCUGCCUGUAGUUCCUUCAUCAGUGCAACCUCCAUGUCAUGUGGUACAAAAAAUGUCUGCUGAGGUCUCAAAGCCUGUCAAAUCUACUAAAAAGGUGGAGCUUCUAUGUGAGUGUUUACGAAGUCUAAGGCGCUGCCAUAAGGAUGAGGACACCAGAGUAAGGAAGGCUUUCCAAACUCUCCAAAUAUACAUUAGGAAUGUCACAAAGAAUCCUGACAUGGAAAAAUUCAGGAAUAUACCGCUCAGUAACCCAGUUUUCCAGGAACGAGUUGGCAGUCUGAUUGGAGGUGUCAGAUUUCUGGAAAUUUGUGGGUUUGAGAGGAAGAGGAGGGGGCAGUUCUUGUAUCUUCCACUGGAGAAGAUUGACAUGGAAACGCUAAAUUCAGCUUUAUUUGCAUUGCAAUCCGCAUUAACCAAUCCUUUUUUUGGAUUACUCUCUGCUGAAAUGGCACUCAAUGAAGGAUGAUCAAAAUGUGACCAUUGUGGCAUAGGUUGUGUAACCAAGAAUGAAUUAUCACAAGCUUGUUCAUGUCUAUUUCCAGAAUCGCGCAAAGAAAGGUUAAGCUUCUUUGUGCAGAAACCUUCUAAGAGUUCUAAUCAUUUGGCAGCUUCUCUUGCAUUCAGUUUGUGGUGUUACUUACAUUGUACAGCAGGAAUGCAUUAUCAGUUGACUACUUGUAUUACUAUCUACUCCGUAUUUAUUAACAUGAACAUUUAUAAUUAAUUAAGUUUUAUAAUAUGUAGU